CAUGGAAUAAGACGCACUUUAUUUUUUGUUUAUCGACAGUGUUUUCUGUUUUCUUCUGUUAAAGAGUUGAUUAAACAGCUUGCGCGCUCCUUUGUUCCAAGGGUGAAUCGAGGCGACAAGUUUUGGACCGUGUUUCGAGCUUUACGCACGAGAGAAAAACGCCUACAAAGUCACAUUUUUGGGUGGUUGUUUUUUGUGUUUUUUGUACAGUAACAGUGGCUUUAUUUUUGUGGGGAAAAAACAAGUAAAGGCUUUGAGAGAUCCUCUGUGUGACGUACGAGCGCCCCUUUUUUUGUCUUGAGCGCACAAACGUGUUCCUCGCUUUUUUACACACUUUGAAGCGAUCUAUCUGGUAAAAUGGACGUGUGUGGUCUCUGUUAUUAAGACCCUCGGAUAUAUGAAAUUUCUGCUGUUGCCAAAUCCCAAAAGGAGCCCCGCUGUCUCCGUCAUCAUCCUGUUCACUCCUGUAUGACAGCUCCAUGGAAGUACUGUAGUCUUCAGAGUGGAAGAUGAAUCCUUUCUCAAAUCCCAAAGGUUCCAGGCUCAUCUCUGCCUAUGUUUAAUGGCACAGUGACCGCGGACAGUCGACUUUAUAAAAGGUGAACAUGACAGCAGCAGCAGGUGUACUGACCGGACUGGCCAAACUCAAACGUCAAGACUCAUGUCGCUCCCAGCAUCGACCGCUCUCGGCCGCUUUGGGAGGUCCUGUCCCAGAGCAAGCCCCCAGAAAGAGGAAACGCAGAACAGAUGUUGUAAUCGUUCGGGGACGACUACGGCUGUACUCUGCCUCUGGGUUUUUCCUGCUUUUGGGACUGGUUAUUCUGGCUGUGGGGAUCGGCAUGGCAACGCUUGGUUACUGGCCCCAUGGUGACAGAACGGAGGCACCCAAAACGGCAUCAGGAGAAAGGACCAAGCCAGAGGGACCCUCAACAUCUGUCAAGCAAGAGAUAUAUGAAGUAAAAAGCAAUGUAUCAGAAGGAGGAGGAGCCAAUUCAACUACCAGAGAUCAUGGAGAAACCUCAAAACAGACAUCUGGCCUCCUGACCCGUUUCCUGGAGCAGCAUCGUCACUCUGAGAGGAUGAAGAUGUUCGGACCCUUCACCAUGGGCAUUGGGAUAUUUAUCUUCAUCUGUGCAAAUGCCAUCCUCCACGAAAACAGAGACAGAGAAACGAAGAUCAUCCACAUGAGGGACAUGUAUUCCACCGUCAUUGACAUCCAUCGCCUGCGGCAGAAAGAACAGAAGCAGCAGCUGCACAGAAACAGCGUGUAUGCACGAGAGGCCUUCAGCGAUAACAUGAGCCUAGCCCGCACCUCGCUCCUGGGCUUCACAUCACGGUCAGCAGGGGGCUCUGCCGAGGAAGAAGAGGGGCUCCUUGGAGAGGAAGAGCAGGCCAGACUGGACUGUAGUUUUGCUGGACUCCUGGCUCCACUCUAUAAGGACCGCCCCUUUUAUAACCCAGGGCUGGGGCUGGCACAUGCAGAUUCUGUGCGGCAUCAGUGGUCUGUGGACGGAGAUGGAGAGAGGGGCGGGCACCACGCGCGCUCCAUCGUGACCUCCUCCAUCUCUGCAUUCACUCUGCCCGUGAUCAAACUCAACAACUGUGUCAUCGAUGAGCCAGAGAUGGAGGCCAUAACAGAGGACGACAGAGGGGAGUGCGGGGAUGAGCGCUCACAACCUUUGACCUCUAUGGAGUCAUUAGCUGUCCCUGUGGCAUCUGUUGCUAAGGCAUCUAAACCUCCGGGUCUACAUCGAAGCAACUCUGCGUCCUCUUCCUCCCAUCAUUCGUCCGCAUCCACCCUGUCCCCUGCCCCCUCAUCUACCUCAGGCUGCUGGCUCUCUCCAGGCGCGGCCCGCAGUGACUUUGGCUCAAACUCCUCUCUGCACAUGCUCAGUAGCCACUCCAAAUCUCUGGACCUGGAGCGCCGACCGAGCAUGCUCAGUGUGCACCAGGAGCAGAGGAAGCACCCGAGCUGGCCGCGUCUUGACCGUAGCAACAGCAGCCGCAGCUGCAACAGCGCCCCUAGAGGCAGCAGUAAGGGUUACACACGGCUGGAGGACAGGGAGGACCACAGUGAACGCUUGUUGGACGAUUCGGUGGCAUCAGCAGCACGACGUGACUACAGUAAACGGGAAAAACUGCUCAUGAUAUCCAGGUCACAUAAUAAUCUAAGCUUUGAACAUGAUGAAUUCAACAACAGCACACUAAAGAGGGGCAGCUCCGAGACACGAUUCUGAGUCAUGAACUAACAAACUCAUAAGAACAAAGGUUUUUAUUUAGAGGUGCUGUUUUGUAGCUUACCCUGACUUGUGAAAUCACAGAUAAAGAUGAUAUUGGUGAAAAAGAAACUAAGAUGCCUUCAGAAAAGCUGGCACAGUCCAGCCAUCUAAGCCCAUUACUUAGAUUUAGGGUGCGUUCACACUUGCACAUACACCACAUCAAAAUUGGGACAUAACUGGGACUAAACCGGGACUAAAACAGGACCAAACCAAGUCUUACACCAGGACCCAAAUUGGUCUUAAACCAACCAGGACAAGUGUGAACGCAGUUGCUGAAGGUGGGAGGGCAAACUGACUUUCCAGUUGAGUCUAUAGAUGUAGUUAGAAAUUGUUUACAAGGAAAUUCAUAGUUAAAUUUCUAAUGAUACUUACAGGCAAGCUUGGGGCAAAUUAUGUAAGAGAAGCUUGCUACAGGAUAAAUUAACUUCAGUGGUGUGUGUAGUUGGUCUCCAGAUUGUAGUAGACUUUACCACUGUAUCGAUGAGAGGAGCUGGUAAUAAGUCAGGAAGUACUGUAACUGUCCAUGUAUGUGCAGACUAAUUAGACUUACUCAGGAUGGUUCAUUUUUAUACUGUUUUCAUGGACCUAUACACAGUUGUAUUAAAUAUAGAAUAUAUGGGUAUUUUGAGUAGGAUGAAAGCUGUUUGCACACUUCAAUGUUAUACCAGCAAUCCCAAGUAGUUUUAGUUGAUUUGACUGAGGAAAUGAAUUUACUUAAAGAUGUACUUCGAAACAUUUCUAGUGGGGGGUCUGCCACCUGCUUGUCUCCAUUGAAAUGUUAUUGCUUUGCUGGGAAUAUUCCAUGGUGUGACUUUAAAAAUAUAUUCAUUAUGAAUAUUCAAAAAUAUAUGUAUUCCUUUGGUAAAUCGGGGCAAUUCUCCACAGAUCUGAACUGUAAUGUAGCGUAGUGCUGUAACCUGCUUAUCUCCCAUGUGAUAAGUAGGUUAAUCAAAGCAAUAACAUUUCCAUGGAGACAUCAGAUGGCGGAUCCUUCAGAAAUGUUAUGCAGUGCACCUUUAAGUGAAUUAUUAAGUCACAAUAACGUAUUGGAUAUUUUUUCGAAAGCAUCAAGCUGAAGAGAAUCGAAGAAAUGUGAUACGCUUUUAAGAUACACACAUUUUUUUUUUUCUCUUCUUUCCAUAAAAACACCUUUAUAAUAUUAUUUUACAAACCACUGCCAUUUGAGUUCAGUUUGUCAGCUCCUAUCGUAUCCUGUCACAUCUGCAAUUGCAAUUAGUAGCCUUUUUUCCGUGCUAUUUUUACCACAUGGCAUAAACAGGACUGUCUUGUUAUUCAAACGUGACAUAAAGCGCGCUGUGUGUGUUCCCACGCAACACAACAGGUGCAGCAGUCGGCAGCAGCUCUUUUAAGAAGUGGGAACCUCGCCGGA